AUGAGUCUGCAAGUUGAACUAGUGUCUCAAGAGAUGGUGAAACCAUCAUCUCCUACACCUCAACAUCUUUGUCAUUACCAUCUCUCCUUCCUCGACCAGUAUAGCCUGCAAAUCCACAAUACCAUGGUUUACUUCUUCGACGAUGAUAUCACAAGCAGGUUCAACAUCAUCAAAGAAGCUUCCGAUCUUCUCAAGAAAUCGUUGUCCCAAGUCUUGACUCACUAUUACCCACUCGCCGGAAGACUUAGAAUCAAGAACUUACUCGUCGACAGCAACGACGACGGUGUUCCUUACAAAGAAGCCAGAGUCAGGUGCCGCCUCCGCCACGUCAUCGACAGUCACUCUCCUGAUGACGUCAGCCAGCUGCUUCCCUACGACAUGAAUGAAAUCGUCGACGCCGUCCUAGGUGUGCAGUUCAACGCCUUCGAUUGCGGCGGAAUAGCCAUCGGAGUUUGCCUCUCCCACAAGAUUGCCGACGCUAUGUCGUUUUUCCAGUUCAUCAAGAGCUGGGCCGCUGUGACACGUGGCGAACCGCCAGAGCAAAUCAGAACCCACUUCCAAUCUUCCUCGCUCUUCCCGCCAAAAGAAGUGUUCGGAUACGUCCCGAAUUUAUACAUCGGACAGACAAAAAUCAUGGGAAAGAUGUUCGUGUUCGAAUCAUCCGCAAUAGAAUCUCUCAGAACAAAAUAUUCCCAAAAGAUAGAGAACGUUCUAGAAGGCCAAAAACCACCUUCAAGAGUCGAAGUGUUACAAACUUUCCUAUUGAACAGGUUAAUUGCGGCCACUAAUAACGAAGACGAAGGUCGCAACAAGAUUCACUUACUGACAUACGCAGUGAAUCUACGACCAAGAAUGGAGCCUCCAUUGCCAAAAUAUGCGUUCGGAAACUAUUACUGGUCUAUUGAAGCUUUUCCUAUAUUAAUGGAGGAAGGAGAGUGUAAGGAUCUUGGGAGACAGCUAAGAGAAGAGUUAAAAAUUGUGAAUAAGAAUUUUAUUGUGAAGCUUCGAGAAAGCAAGGAAUGGAAGUUUAAUAAAGAAGAGAUGGACAGAGAGAUUGCGAAGGGAGAAAUGGUUCUGUUUAUUUUCACGUCUCUGUGCAGGUUUCCGGUGUACGAUGUUGAUUUUGGAUGGGGCAAUCCGACGUGGGCAUCACCACCUACGUGGAAAUUCAAGAAUUUUGUUACUUUAAAAGACACCAAAUCAGGUGGUGGCAUUGAAGUUUACGUCAACUUGGCAGAGGAUGACAUGGCUAAAUUUGAACGUGAUGAGGAACUUCUUGCUCAUGUUUCUACAGAAAGAUUGAAAUAA